AUGUACGGAGAACCACGUGUGUUCAUCAUCCAUGCAGGAGAAGACAAAGAACCAUUUGUCCGUCCACUUGUCACCAAACUUCAGCAAAAGGGUUUGGCCGAGAAAGACAUUUUCUUCGAUGACGUGUCCAUCAAACCUGGUGACGUCAUAAGGGAAAGAAUACUUUCAACGCUAUCAAGUCAAACUUUAGAACUUGCUGUCAUUGUUGUUAGUACAUCAUUUCUUAACAAACCCUACUGGCCUAAACUGGAGUAUGAAACAUGUCUGAAAAACAACAAACGAAUAUUCCCCAUUUGGGUUGAUGCCAACAAUGACAACUUUAAGGCAUUCAGUGAACUAGUCGGAAAGUACUCACCCACGUUGAAACAGCUGAGUGCCCGACGUGUGAAGAGAGACAACGUUACCGAGGAACUGCCAAACAUCGCUACAGAGGUCCUACAGCGGCUGUCUACAUUGGAAAGAGGCAUUCCGAAGCCCACAGCAAUACAAACACUACUUUGCCUGGCACCUUCCCCGUUCCCAACCGAUUCCGGAUCCUCAGAUGAAGACGAUAGCAUCAAAGACCAAGACACGUGUUCGGCAGGGGUUACCGACGAGCAGCAGAUCGAGGACAAACUCAAGGAUGAAAAGGAAAAGCACAUAGAACUGCUUGGAAAAGUCGGAGGGAUGCAGAUACAGUGGUUAAAGGAUGCGGAAAGCCUUCUGCCAAGAGAAAUGAUUGUAAGAAAGACAGAGGACAUGUUAGACAACCUUUCUCAGUACAGUCUGCGCAUCCUUAAGGUUAAGAUGGGCUGUGCCAUCGUUCACCUAGUCCCAGACAGCGUAGCAGCUUUAGACAUGUUUUGGAGAGACUAUAAGUCUGGGCAGCUCAGUAUUAACUUCUCUGACUAUCUACUCACGGAUGAGAUGCGAACAGUUGUCGGCAAAGACUUAAUGGUGCGAGUCAUCAUACUGGAAGAGCAGUACCGGCAGUGGAAAAGAUAUUUCCAGAAAACAGACAAUGUGAAAGAGGAUAUGGCAGGUCAAGGAACUGACACAGAUAUUCCUUGGGUAUUGCCAGAGCUGAAAGCAAGACUACAGCUGAUCAUCAACUCACACGACGUGAGAUCCGAGGCAGCAGAAAGGAUUGCGGAAGUAGAAAGGAAACUGGUCCUAAGUGAUCCACAGAUAUAUCGUCAAAUCUUCAAAACAUUUCUCGGGCAUUCUGCAGUGAUACUGAAGACCGGUGUGGGCUCUCUGCUGCUGUCGUUUUUCCGCAUCAGCGAUGUUGAAAGAUUCUAUCACACAUACUCCAGGACUGAACCUGGGAGUUUGUCGGUAGAACUGUCGAAAGUACUGGUAUCAAAACAGUUUGCCUCCGUCAUUGGCGAACGAAAUGUUGAACGACUGUCAGUGCGAAUUCAUGUGGAUCACGAAGACUACCAGGCUAUUAGGAAGAGACUCAGGAAAGGUCUUGUUCGAUCAACAUCCCUGGAAAGCUUGCAGUACAGCAUUAAACCAAAGAAAACGUCACGCACAUGUCUCAGUAAGUGCAUUGACGCACUGAACUUGGCUUCUUCUCCUCGUGGUAAGAUGUUCAACGGAUGGGAAUCCGACAUGGCAAAACUGCUGCAACAAAGUGCCCAGAAAAAGCGUCAACUGAUGGCCAAACUGGAAAUAGCUAAGAACCAAGAAAGUGAAAAAGCCGACGAAUGCCUCGGUCUGAAAGUGGAAGUCAGGCGCCUGUUAGACAUGUCAGAAAAGAAAGACUCGAUGAAAGAUGAACUUCUGAAAACCAAAGAACAAUUGACAAUUAAACUGAAAGAAAAUCAGGAAUACAUAGAGAGCCUUGAGAAGGACAAAAAGUCAAUGCAGGAAAGGACUGAAACACUUCAAUCACAAAUCCUGAAGCUUGAGAACAAGCUGGCCCUUCUGGAGGACACGAGGGAACCAACAGGAGCAGUCGACACAGACAUCACGUCAGAGCCCAUUCCGACCGGGGACGAGCUGGGAAUGGCCCUCCUGGAGGCGUUCGGACCGCUUCUGAAGGAGACGGUCAUCCCCGGCAACAUCAUCAUCCACUUGAUGGCUUACUUUGACGGUAGUUUAGCGUUUGUCAAAGCCGUCAUUGCUGACGAGAGAAACAAGGGACCAGCUGAGGCAAUGCAGACACUGCUGGUGAAACUACAGACAUGUGAACAGCCGGGAUGGUUUCAGGCAUUUCUAGAUUCUCUGGACAAGUCAGGGUAUAGUCAUAUCAAGACUAUCAUGGAGGACCGAGAGACAAUCCAGGAUAUGACUGGUUUGAAUCGCCUCCUACAGCUGUUGGCGCCGCAACUGCAGGUGGUCGUCGCCAUGGAGAUGCUGCCACACCUUCCCUGUCUGUCAGAGCAGGACAAGGAGAAAAUCGAGGCAGAAAACCGUAGCUAUGGAAACAUACGAGCCCUGAUCACUCUCAUAGACCGCGUGACGCGAUGCGGACCUGACUGGUACACACAGUUCCUGGAGGGGCUGAGGAAGAGCAAGCAUCAAGAUCUUGCAGAUGAACUGGCCAUGGAUCCCGACCUUGUGUACAGAGAUGUCGUCAACAAACACGAACCUCUGCUGUGUGUGACAAUUGUUCCGGAGAAAAUGCUGCCUUAUCUCAAAGAAGUUCUUACACAGCGAGCAAUGGACGGGAACGAAGGUGCUGCCACCAUUGUUGGAGCAGGUGUGGAGGCAAGGCGGCGUGUGGUGUUCCUGGUCAACAAGGUGCCUCUGGUGGAACAGCAGUACAAUGCGUUCCGGGAAUACCUGAGUCCCAAGUACGACAUUUUGCCCCUUAGUGGAGAAACUACAGCCGACAUUCCGGUUGGGGAGACUCUCCCCGAUUACGACGUCAUCAUCCUGACAGCCCAGGUGUUGGAGAACGCUCUGAGGGACGAGCUAAUCACGCUGGACACGUUCUCCAUGCUGAUCUUUGACGAGUAUCACCACUGCCAGAAGAACGAUCCGUGCAACGCCAUCAUGACCAGGUACAUCAAGCAGAAGGUGGAGAGGAAGAGCAGCAUCAGUCUGCCACAGAUCAUCGGCCUGACUGCCUCUCUGGGUGUGGGGAAGGCGAAGGGUCAGAAGGAAGCCGUGGAACAUAUCCUGAGGGCGUGCGCCAACCUGGACGCAGAGUGGAUUUCUCAGGUUGUGGAGCACAAAGAGGAGCUGCAGAAAUACAACCAGAAACCUGACGAAGAAGUGAAGCCUGUAAGUGGACGAAGUGAAGACCCGUUUGCAGAUAUGAUAAACAUGAUCAUGGAGGACAUUGAGAAGACUCUGGCUAUAGAAGCAUCGAAGCAUUUGACAACAGCAGACCUGAAGCCACCCAGCCAAAGAGAGAAACAGGCGUAUGAACAGUGGGUGGUGACCCUAGCUAGGAAGGGUGCAACACUCAGGGAUAAGAAAGUCAGCCGAGCCAUCCACGCCGCUACAACACACCUCAGAAAGUACUUUGAUGCCCUCGCCAUCAACGCUGACGCCCGGACCAAAGAUGCUCUGCAGUACCUUGAGAAAUUCGUGACUGGUCUGCAAAAAGAAGGCUUUGACGGCACCGAUGUAGAUCUGGUGAAGCACUUCACAGAGGCAAAAGAGAGGCUUCAGGAAUGUGCCGCAGAUCCGAAGUACUCCAACCCGAAGCUGGACCAGCUGAAGUACAUGAUCCUCCAGGCGUACGCAGAGACGCCAGACUCCCGCUGCCUGCUGUUCUGUAAGACCCGAGCUCUCACCAUCGCCCUGCUCACUUGGAUGCAGGAGGACCAGGCCCUCCGUAAGCUCAACCCGGGAAGACUCGUAGGCGCUGGAGCCAGUGAGAGCACAGGAGGCAUGACCCAAAACCAGCAGGUGGAGCUGCUGGAGCUGUUCACGACUGGAGGCCACAAGAUUGUCAUCUCCACAUCUGUGGCAGAGGAAGGCAUAGACAUCGCCAAGUGCAACUUCGUGUUCCGCUAUGACUAUGUGGGCAACGAGAUAGGCAAGGUGCAGACCAGAGGACGUGGCCGUGCUGAGGGCAGCAAGUCCGUGCUGAUCGCUGGACGGGAAGGUGGAAAUGUCCUGAAGGAAAAGUUGAACACCAUUCGAGAGAAGCUGAUGGAGAAGGCCAUGCUGCAGGUGUGGCACAUGCAGAGGGAGAAACAUGAAGACUUCAUGAAGCAGGUCCGACGUCUGCAGGAAGAGUCCAAGAAGGAGAGAGAUCUGGCGCAGGCGCUAAAAGAAAUGCAGAGGAAAACCAAGGAAAUCCGUGGAAAGGGGAUGAAGCUGCUGUGUGUGAAGUGCAAGGAGUUUGCCUGCAAUGUUAGCGACUUCCGCCGGAUCAAGGAGAAUCACCACGUGGUGGUGGACAAAACUUUUCCCCAGCGGAUCAACAUCAAACCCCACCCACCCAAGAAGAUUGACGACUGGGAAAUGAACGGAAAAGUAUACUGCAGGAACUGCAGACAAGACUGGGGAAUACAGAUGGUGUACAGCUUUCCCACCCUGAAGAUCGAGUCUUUCGUCCUGGAGAAACCGGACGGAUCGAGGCUGACCUGCCGGAAGUGGAAAAACGCACCCUUUGACGUCGAGGACAUCACCCCUGACGACAUUUCCGGGAUGCUGGGGACGCCGGAAGAGGAGGAGGAAGAUGAGCCAAUGUUCGACUGAUACAUUAUCUCUUCAGCAACGUUACCCCUGCCGUCUGCAUUCCCCAAUUUUAAUCUGUAAAGUCAAGUUAUUUCAGAUGCAUAACUCUGAAUGAAGAUAAGUAAGGUGAUAUGUAAGAUGUUUGUAUGAUAAUAGUGUAUUGCCUUUGCUGCAAGCUUUUACUGCGUUUACUGCUGAUUGUGAGUCUGUCGUUUUAGAAGUAUUUUCCGACGGUAUUGUGGUAUGUGGUAACUGAUUGUGGUAUUAUAUAUGUAAAUUAAAUAUCGUAAAUUUAGGCUGUUUCAUAGAUAUAUACGAAUAUGUUAUGUAUAAUUGAAAGGCACUAACAUUGCUGCUGGAACAAUGUAGGCAAGCCGCUUAUUAUAUGAAUGCGAUAUUUCACGCACUUAAUAAAAUCUUAAAUGUUGAUA